GACGGAAGCGCCGCCUCCGCCCCCCUGUGCCAUGGCCGCGAGGGACGCGCUGGGGCAGGCUGCCCGCCUCGCCUCCUCCGGCGCCCUGCUGCAGGUGCUGUUCCGCGUGGGCACCUUCGCGCUGAACGCCUUCACCCUGCGCUACCUCUCCAGGGAGCUCCUCGGCGUGGUCAGUGUCAGGCUGACUCUCCUGUAUUCGACAGUAGUCUUCCUGGCCAGGGAGGCAUUUCGCAGAGCUUGUUUGAGUGGAAAUACAAAGCGAAACUGGACCAAAACAAUUAAUCUAUUGUGGCUGACAGUCCCUCUUGGUGUUUUUUGGUCUCUUUUCUUGGGCUUAGUCUGGCUACACUUGCUUGAAGUACCUGAUCCUUCUGUGGUUCCUCAUUACCAGGCUGGUGUAGUGGCAUUUGGCCUUUCUGCAGUUGUUGAGCUUCUGGGAGAACCGUUCUGGGUUUUAGCACAAGCUCAUUUGUUUGUGAGACUCAAGGUAAUUUCUGAAAGCCUUGCGAUAGUGUCAAAAUGCAUUUUGACGGUUAUUUUAGUAGUCCUUUAUCCCCAGUGGGGCCUCUACGUUUUUUCCUUGGCUCAGCUUUUAUAUGUCACUGUUCUCGUGAUGUGCUAUGUAAUUUAUUUUGUGAUGUUUUUGGGGUCUCCUGAAGCAACAAAGAAGUCAUUUCCUAUUGCUAGAAUGAAAGCUCUGUUACCUAACUUUGUGGAAGAUGAGACUUUUGUUAACUGGAAGGAAGCACGAUUGACUUGGAGUUUCUUCAAACAAUCCUUCUUGAAACAGAUUUUGACAGAGGGUGAACGCUACGUGAUGACAUUUUUGAACGUGUUAAAUUUUGGGGAUCAGGGUGUAUAUGAUAUUGUGAAUAAUCUUGGUUCACUGGUGGCCAGGUUUAUAUUUUUGCCUAUUGAGGAGAGUUUUUAUGUCUUUUUUGCCAAAGUGUUGGAAAGAGGGAAGAACGUAAAGGAUCAGAAACAGGAUGAUAUUUCUCUGGCUGCAAAUGUAUUAGAAUUGCUGUUGAAACUCGUGCUUCUGAUUGGCCUUACCAUCACUGUUUUUGGCUACGCCUAUUCUCAGCUGGCUCUGGAUAUUUAUGGAGGCUCAAUACUCAGUUCUGGAACAGGUCCAAAUCUUCUCCGAUGUUACUCUUUGUAUGUUCUAUUUCUUGCUAUCAAUGGCAUAACAGAAUGUUUUACGUUUGCUUUGAUGUGCAAAGAAGAGGUAGACAGGUACAAUUUUGUUAUGCUGGCCUUGUCCUUCAUGUUCCUGUGCAUCUCUUAUUUCUUGACCCGCUGGCAUGGCAGCGUAGGCUUUAUCCUUUCCAACUGCUUUAACAUGGGCAUCCGGAUAGCCCACAGCAUCCACUAUAUCUACGGUUACUUCAAAGAAAGCACUUACAAACCUUUGGCAGGCUUGCUUCCCUCACCGGUUUUGGUACUGGUUUAUACCAUAAGUGGAGUAAUCACUGGUUUCUCGGAGGUGGUGUUCUGCUGCGAUAAAGGUUGGAUAGCAAGGCUGAUCCACAUCAGCGUGGGGGCUCUCUGCUUCGCAGCAACCAUCAUUACAAUGUUCUGCACGGAGACCAAGCUGAUCCACUUUGUCAGAAGCCAGUUCCUCCCACAGUAUCUGAAGAAAGGAACGUGAAAUGCUCAUGUGCUGAACAGUCCUUGUACGUGCUUGCAGUAACUGGCUGUGUUCUUUGCAUAAGAUCUGUAUGGAAAAAGGUUUCCAGGUGCGUUUAUUGGAAGCAUUAAUAUUGGAGUGGCAAUGUAAAAAAAAAAGCCAACUAACUAUUUUGUCUUCUGAACUGGUCAGUGCCAUGAAAGAGAGCGGAGUAGGUUUCUCUUUGGGCAUAGGUCUUUAAGCUUUUCUCCAAACAGCUCAUUUGUUAAUGAUGAAGAUCUAAGAUGCAGCCUUCUGAUGUAACCUCAUUGGCAGACAUCACGUGGAGAGCUCCCGUUCUUACCAACAGGGAGUACCUUUGUGAAGGCAUCGUAUGGCUUAUGUCUUGAGAUGUAAUUAAGAAUGCUUUUAUUUGGCAUUGUGGGCUGCUCCACUAGUUAGAAGACACAUGGUCUGUCAAAAAAAACAACCCAAAAUAAGCCAAAGAAAAUACUAUAGCAAGGACCAAUUGCAACACAACUGUUAGUGAAGUAGAACGUCAUGCAGUGCAGAGAUUGAGCUGUCAGUGAUUUGAAGUGUAAAGCAGUGCGCAGAAAGUUCUGACGUUUGCAAUUAAGUUAAUGGAAUACACAGCAUGUGUCCAUGCUAGUGAUGUGCGAUUGUUUCAUUUGGCACGUCAGUGGGUUAUGAUGGUAUUGAUUAACUUGUCUAAAAUACUUUGAAACCUGAGCUGAAUGAAAAAAGGGGUUCUGAGUGGUGUUUUACAGACAGUGUUAAGCACAGUCAUGCCGAUGUUUCAGAAGGUUAAUCAUGAAACUUUCGUUUCAUUCCAUUUUCUUUUUGGUUUUAUCUGAGAUUUUAAAUACCAGCACGAACAAAUUAGUUUCAAUAAAAUGAUUUUAUCUUCUCUGUGAAACUGAAUAUUAAAUAUGAGAUUUCUUUUGAGGAUUUUGUGCACUGAAACUUCCAUUAUUGCAUAGAAAAUGCUUCAUUUUGUAACAGCCAGUUUUCCUCACAUCUUGUGCCUUUAAUUGUUCAAUCUUAACCUUAUAUUGAUUUUUUUUUAAUAUAUAUUGUUGACAAUUUGGCAGUUCAUAAGUUGUAAAAUGAGAUGUUCGGCUGCUGUCUCAGGUUCACUAAUGGUGUGCUUAUUGCUGGCCUAAGGUCUGCAUUUGGCGAUUCCACAGUGUAUGAGUGGCAGGUUUGUAAUGAUGGGCAUUGCCUUUGCAGUGUUUGGCUGGAGCAAAAAAUGUCAAGUGAUGUAAAAUGUGUGCUCGCACAUGGACAGGCAAAACUUUGAGUUUAACUAUAUAGCAGUUCGUCAAACUGCUUUAAAAAAAAAAAAAAAUCACUUCCUUGUCGUGGUGUGGAGUUCCUCCCGGUAACCGUGGUGGACAGCGAAAUGCUUGCUGGUGUUGGUAUCUUCGGUUUGGUACUGUCAGAAGCACGUUUUAACCUGCGUUAGUUUUCACUUGGAGAGUAUCCCAGAGAUGCUUCACCUGGGAAUUUGGUGAUAACUUACCACAGGGAAGCCAAAAAUGUAACAGUAGAAGGAAAAGUGCACUUCUCAGUGACUGGUGGUGUCUCCAUCGCUUGGCUGGAAUGUAGCAGGCUUGCUGGUUCUUCUGAAAGAGUUUAUUUUGAUUUCCUAACAACACGUUAUUCUGGCCUAUUAAGUGAAUUGGGUAGUUUUUUGCCGUUUAAAUUUUUUCCUCUGAGUUGUCUUGCAGCUUUUUUUUUUCUCUCAUUUUGGCCAGAUAUGGAUUCGUUAUGAAGUACAGCUCCAUACAUUGCAGAGGGUUGAAGCUUUUUUAUUAUAAAUUGUUAGUUUCUUUUCCUUUACUUGUUCUUAAUUAAAAAAAAAAAACGAAGACAGUCAAACCUGGAGACUCUUAUUGGCAUCUUUUUUUUUUUCUCCAUGGCUUUGGGACUUAACCGUGGGAAUGUCUUAGUCUGUACAGUGAAUUUUAACUGAUUCGUGGAACGAGGAAUUUUGUGUAGCCCUGUACCUUAAAGUGCUUUGGAGAUUGAAGAAUUGUACAAAAUGAGCUUUAAGCCCUGCUGUUAUCAAACUGCAAACCAGGCUAGUCUGGUGAUCCCAGCUGGGCAGUGAUGGUACUUCUGCUGCCAGUACUGCCUUAAAAAGGGAGAUGCGAGAUUCCACAGUGGCCUGUCUAGACUCAUCAUUCUUUUUAAAUAUUAACGCUGUGUAUGCAUUAAAAGAGAAGCUACAGUUUUAACUUGAUUAGUUUGAUUUCAUAUUGGAAAGACUUACAAAUUCUCUCGCAUCUCAACAAGUGAAAACUCAAUUUCGUGUGAAUCUGGAAGACAUUUAAGGGUGCUUAAUCAUUGCUCCUCUGCAAAUCAAGGAUGCAUUGCUCUUGUAAACUUGAUCUCUAAGUGGUUCAGGGAUGGUUGUGCAGGGUAUUUUGUGCAGGAAACUGCAAAGAGGGAUGGGAAGUCCCAACCUGUGAAGCUGUCUCCUUGUUUCUUGUUUAUCUGUGUAAUCCUUCACAUGAAAGCUGUUAAUUGCUUUUAUUUAUAAAGAGGCAUACUCGGGGACAAAAUUGAGAUUGAACUUGACCACAUUCCCCUUUUGUUUGCAGUUCUGUCAGUCUGUCAAAGGCACAAUAGGAUGCUUGUCUAUAAAUUUCAUAAAGCUGUUUUGCAGUGUUUUUCUGAAAUCCUUUCGUUUAGGCCAAAGGAGAAUUGAGCUGUUUUUCUUUGGGAAAGUAGUUCCAAUUUCAUACGUCGUUUGAUGUGUUUUCUUUAAAUACUUGGAUGAAUGACAUUCAAACAACUGUAAGAUAAAAUGGUUAUAUGAUGGGGUAAGACCAAAUAAAACCUUAUUUCUCUUAUGUUUUGUUUUUGUCUUCCAAUUACAGGCUUAUUGGAGUCUUAUUUGCAUUUUAGGUAUGGUUGAUGCUUAAACACGAUGGGAUUUUCUAGGAUCUUUUAUGUACAAAUCUAUUUAUCAACCCAGAAACUUAUCACCAUGUUAGGAAAUGGUAUCUAAAACUUACUGUAGUGCUUUUGUGAGACACUGCCCUUAUUCUAACUGUGGGGGAAAGGUAGAACAAGUCUGUUUUUUGUUCUGUUAGUCUUCCUGUUUAAUUGUAGUAAGCAAGCAUCUAAUAGAGCUGUGUGUCGAUUCGCUGGCUGCGUUUUGUGCUUCACAGGUAACGCCUACCUGUCUUCCCUGGGACUUACUUGCCGAGUUUUAUGCCACCUCACUGAACUGAGGAAAUGGAAAGGAAUGUAAGCAGGAGGACAGAUGAGUUAUAGCUGUGACCCAUUUCAGAAGACCGAAAUAAUGAAAGCUAUGUCAAGAAGUAAAAAAAGAAAUUGCAACAGAUAGCAGUCCUUAAACACAGAUAAGAUCUGUGAGUAGUUCUAAUCUGCCAGUAAAUGAGAAUCGUGCUUUGUUCUUUAUUCGUACUAAAAUUUUGUUAAAUUAUUUGCACUAAAUACAAAGCUUAUCCGCUUGUUGGAAGCAAAGAGAUGGGUAUCGGGCAAGCAGAGAGCAGUAUUAUUUGGGAUUACUGGAUAGAGCAUUAGCAAAAAGUUUGGAGUAAGAAGGUUGCAGUCUGGGUACAAUUAGUGCCUUACAGAGGUGGGAGGCUUGCUCGAUGGAUAACUUCAUCAACUUGUUUCUCUUCAAGCAUAACACAGUAUUUCUUGGUCAUUAAGAAAUGACAAGUAACAGUGAUGGCUAUGAACUUACAGUUAAAGAAUGCCACUGGCACAGAAUGUUAGCUGAAGGCAUCCCUUGGCUACAAACAAGCUUUAUGAAGGAAAAGAAGUCAAAAGAGCUUUGCA